AUGGACGGUUCCUCGUUCGACCCGUCCCGCCUGACCAAGGCCUCUGCCGCAGAGUUCUCUUCGUCCGCCUCCGAAGACGACGACGACUAUGCCUUGCCGGGCGGCGCCGAAGACAACGACUUUGGCGACUUCAACCCUCGGAAGCGGCGUCGCGUCGGGGGAAACAACAAAGAGAAGGCUGCGCUCGGCAUCUUUGGCUCCGACAGCGAGGACGAUGGACCGGGCCACCGGUGGAAGCGAAAGACUUUGAGGAACAAGGGCAUGAAUUUUGUCUCAUCGACAGCGCAGUCAGCACAAGGCACGGACGCCAACGGCGACGACGAUCAAGACGACGAGGACUCGGACGACUACAAGCCCGUUCUCGGCAAUGGCCACGCCGCCCCGGCCCAGGACGAUGAAGAUGAUGAGGACGACGAGGACGACGAGGACGACGAAGCCGGUGGCGGUGUGGGCCUGGGAUUCGCAGGCGCCGCCCAUGGUUUAGGUUGGAGUGCGCGGGAGACGCAGCCCGACCAAGGCAACACCUCGCAGCCGACGCGCCCGCCAUCUAAGCCCAAGACCAAAUUCGAUGGCACCAACGUGCUUGGUCGAGGCUUUGUGCCGUCCUCGGCGUCCGUACCGGUGCUCAACGAGCCGGCGGAUGGGGGAACGCCCCCACCACAGAACAAACCAGCGCCCAGCGCAUUCGGAGCCAAGGGCAAGAUCAACCCAAAGUCCUUUGGCGCCCGGAUGAUGGCGAAGAUGGGAUACGUCGAAGGCAAAGGUCUUGGAAAGGAAGGGCAAGGACGAAACAUUGUCAUCGAGGCCAACCUGCGGCCGCAGGGCGUGGGCCUGGGCGCCGUCAAGGAGAAAUCGGAGCAGGAACGCCAAGAAGAAAAGAGGCAAGCCCGUCUGCGCGGCGAGGAAGUCGUCGACUCGGACGAGGAAGAGAAGAAGAAAAGGAGAGCGAAGAAAAAGGCCCUUGGAACCGCUGGCAGCAGUGCCGGCAGCACGCCCAGGCGGCAAAAGAAAAAGUACUUGACAGCGGAAGAGUUCAAGGCGGCAGCGCCGGGACUCAACAUUCCCGAGGCCUUUGCCCCGAUACUGGACAUGACGGGCCCUGAAGGCAAGAUGCUCACAUCGACGAGCGGCGUCAUGACACCGACCUCGGGCGUCCCGGAAAGCGCCGAAGUCAUCGAGGCCAGGAAACUGGUCAAGCGAGCGCAAGCCGACUUGUUGGCGUUUUCGGAGGAGUGGAAGAGCCUGGAGGAGCGAAAGAAGUGGCUAGAUCUGGAGCUGAAAGAGAGAGAGCAAGAGAUGGACGACCUCCGGUCCGACUUUGAACGGUUGCAAGGCUUCUCGACCCUUGUUUCGGAGCAGCUGGCGCAAAAUUCCGACUGGGCUCAGGUCAUCGGCUGUCUCCAAAAGGCCGUUGAACUGGGCUCAAUCAACACGGAAACGGCAGACAUUGCAGUGGCGGCCAUUCAUCCGUUUCUGAGGGGCACCGACUGGGAUCCUCUGGCGAACCCGACUCGCUUCGCGUCAGACCUCAAGCAGCUAUCCGGCCUGUUCAUGAAAUCCGGCUUGAACAACGACGGCCGGCCGGUCAGCAAAUGGGACGCCUCGGCGGCACAUACGGACGGCGUCUACCGGCGACAUCACAAAGCUACUACGCCCUACGAAAGCAUGAUGUACAAAUGUUGGCUGCCACAGGUGCUCGCUGCGAUCCGCGAGUGGGAUCCCCUCACGCCGGGUUCCAUGCUCGAGGUGGUUGAGAGUUGGAACGACCUGCUACCGCCCUUUGUCCGGGCGCAGCUCAUGGACAACAUUGCACGCAAGCUCGAGGCGGCACUCUCGGACUGGAACCCGAAGAAGAAGCGCCAGACGCACCACCUACCGCAUACGUGGCUCUUCCCGUGGCUGCAAUACCUGCCGCCGUACCACCUCAACCCCAAGGGCACCGGCCUGGUGGCUGACGUGAGGAGAAAGUUCCGACACCUGAUCGAUGCGUGGGAGUUUGAGCGAGGCGUGGUUCCGGGCCUGCGGCAGUGGGAGGAUGUCAUGGGAGACCAGUGGCGGCCGCUGAUCAUGUCGCACGUGCUCCCGUCGAUGGGCCGCUAUCUCCGCAUCAACUUCCGCGUGGAUCCGGCGGACCAGGAGCCGUACCUACCCAUUCUGACGGGCGUUUUGAAGUGGCAACGCUUGCUCGGCGGCGCGGUGAUAGGCGAGGUGCUCGCACAGGGCGUGCUCCCGAUGUGGUAUGCCAAGCUGCGCGAGUGGCUGGCGUUGGACGAUGCGGACCUGGGCGAGGUUGCCGAGUGGUACGCGUGGUGGAGGGGAUCUCUGCUGCAAGACUUGGCAGAAGUCGAGGGCGUGAGCACGGAGUUGGACAAGGGGUUGCAGAUAAUGAACUUGGUGUAA